AAACCCAAUGGUGAAGCUUGCCCAUUGGAUGAGAAGUGGCUACGUUUGUAUUUUAUACAAAGUUGCUGGAUCGGGAAGAUCUUUUGGGAGACCAAGUGCAGAAUCGGUGGCCAACAGGCAAUUCUCAAACAUUCCAUCGCCACCUUUGUGGGUUGUUAACAACAUGGCUUCAUCCAAAUCUUCAUUUCAUCCUCAAACCUACCACAAUUUUUUGGUUUUGGACUUUGAAGCGACAUGCGAAAAACAACUGAUACACCCACAGGAAAUUAUUGAAUUCCCAAUCCUAAAGUUACAUGGCAGGACCAUGGAGAUUGAAUCUAUUUUUCAUACGUAUGUUCAACCAGUUGUACAUCCAAUGCUGACACCAUUUUGCACAGAGCUCACAGGCAUUGAGCAGUCCAUGGUAGAUGGGAAACCGACAUUGCCGGAAGUCCUUCAGAUGGUUGAUGACUGGAUGAGAGACAAUGGUUUAUUGGAUCCCAAAGUCAAUUCCAUAUUUGUAACGUGUGGAGAUUGGGAUUUAAAAACAAUGCUGCCAGGACAAUGCCAGUGCUUGGGUCUGCCAGUUCCUGAUUACUUCAAGAAGUGGAUUAAUCUCAAAAAGGCGUAUAGUUUUGCCAUGGGAAAUUAUCCAGCGAAUGGACUGCCAUUCAUGAUCAAAGGAUUGAAUUUGCAACACAUUGGGAAACUUCAUAGUGGGAUUGACGACUGCAAGAAUAUUGCCAGCAUAUUGACGGAACUAGCACGAAGAGGGUUCACUUUCAAACAAACUGGAUCCACCUAUUAAAAAACAACAGCUCGUUGCUUUGGAAAAGGCCACGACGAUAUCUGGGAAAUGCUGUUCAAUCGCAUGUGGCAUGUCAUCUAUUGUCAAAAACUAAGCUAGUUUCAUUAUACCAGAAUGAUUGCAUUUAAUUAUAUUAAUAUCACACUAGAUAUAUAUUGCCUAAUAAGGUAUAUAGCUCUGUCACUAAGUAGUAUAACAUACCUUCCUUGUUAUUUGAAAACUUAAUCCCAUCCUUUACCUCACAAAGAAAAGAUUAUUUUUACAAAUUAUCAAUAAGGGAAAAUGAUUUUGUUUAAACUCCAUCUCACCUGUUUUUUUCCUGUAGAAUUGUGAUAUACAGUGUCCACCAUAAUGUUUGGGACAAAGACCCAUCAUUUAUUUAUUUGCCUCUGCACUCCACAAUUUGAGAUUUGUAACAGGAAAAAAUCACAUGUGGUUAAAGUUUUGGUUUCAGCAUGCAGAAAUUACAGCAGUGUUUAUACAUAGUCCUCCCGUUUCAGGGCAUCAUAAUGUUUGGAACACAGCAAUGUCAUGCAAAUGAAAGUAGUCAUGUUUAGUGUUUUGUUGCAUGUCCUUUGCAUGCAAUGACUGCUUGGAGUCUGCGAUUCAUGGACAUCACCAGUUGCUGGGUGUCUUCUCUGGGAUGCUCUGCCAGGCCUAUAUUGCAGCCAUCUUUAGUUUAUACUCAGUAGUUACACACCUGAGCAAUUGCAAACACCUGUGAAGCUAUGUGCCCCAAACAUUGUAGUGCCCUGAAAUGGGGGGGGACUAUGUAUAAACCAGCUGUAAUUUCUACAUGGUGAAACCAAAAUCUAAGAAAAAAUCUUUCAUAAAAUCUGACAAUGUGCACUUUCACCACGUGAUUUAUUCUAUUACAAAUCUCAAAUUGUGGAAUACAGAGGCAAAUAAAUAAAUGUGGGUCUUUGUCCCAAACAUUAGGGAGGGCACUGUAUAGAUUGCCUCAAAGUGCCCAACAUUAGGUACUUGAGGAGCUUCGUCCCACCUUUUACAUUUGUAUCCAAAUUUCCUGGAUCCUUUCUGGAGUGGCAGGGGUUAAACCGUAUCUGCCGUUUUGUUCUUAUGAACUUAUACCGAGAAUGAUGCUGGACAGAGGCCCAAUUUCCUUUGUGGUAACAUUUAUAAUUGCAGUCUCUGUGCAAUGUGAAAAUACUCCACAUCCAUCAUUUGGAAUUACACAAUUCUACUCUACACUUGCGUUUUCCUUUGCAUCAUCUAAGAGUUCACUUUGAAACACUUUCCUAUUAAAGCAGCGUUAGCUGUUCUUACGUUUUUCCAGAAAGUUCUAUUUUGUUUUGUUACUUAAAUAAUUUUCAAAUUAUGAGAGAGAGAAAAAUGUUCAAUGCGGGUGAAAGUUGAGAGACCAGCAAUUCUUGUAAUUCUCUUAAAUUAAGGUAGCUGAAGUGUUUGAAAAUUGAUGAGGAAAAUACAUUUCAUGUGACACUUUUGGAAUUAUGGGGAAGAAAAAGAUGGCAUGAGAGGUCAGCAAGUAGCUGAAGCAGUGUUUACAUUUCUCUCUCCUGAUUGAUGGUUAUCAAUAAGGGAAUAACAAUCUUGGUUCAAUCUUAAUCUUCAAUCAAAUGCAAUUAGUUUAUGCCCAACUCUUAUUGAAUUUAAUUAACCCAUGUAAUUAUUCUAUCACUACAACAUCACGUGAUGGAAACUGCAUGUUGACUGAAUCUUAAUAUGCAAGAUUAUUUUGUAAUAAAAACUUCUGAAAUGCA